GCGGGCGCCGGCAGGGAAGAUGGCGGCGUCGCAGCAGCAGCAGCAACAACAACAACAGCAGCAGCAGCAACAACAGCAGCAGCAGCAACAACUGUCGCUGCUGCAGGCCCAGGUGGGGGCCCCCGCCGCCUCGGUGGGCGGGCAGCAAGCGCCGGCCCAGGGCGCGGCUCCCCUGGCGGCGGGCCAGGCCCCAUCCGGGAUCCAGGUGGCCGCGCAGGCGCAGGACUUCGACCCGGUGCAGCGGUUCCGCCUCUUGCUGCCGCAGCUCAAAGAAAGCCUGCAGAACCUGAUGAAAGUGGCGGCUCAGAACUUCGUUCAGAACACAAACAUCGACAGCGGACAGAAAAUCAAUGACAGCCCAGUGCAGAGGGUUGACAAGAGCCUCGAGGAAUUCUACGCCUUGUGUGACCAGCUGGAGCUGUGCCUGCGCCUGGCCUACGAGUGCCUCUCCCAGAGUUUUGACAGUGCCAAGCACUCCCCAACGCUUGUGCCGACAGCCACCAAGCCAGACGCGGUCCAGACGGAGAGCCUGCCCUACACCCAGUACCUCAGCAUGAUCAAGUCCCAAAUCUCUUGCGCCAAGGAUAUCCACAAUGCCCUCUUGGAGUGCUCCAACAAGAUCACUGGCAAGGUGCCCUCCCAAGGGGUGCUGUAGUCUCUCUUCCGUCCAAGCGACUCCUGACUGAAGAUCCAGGAGACGUGCAAGCUUGGACCAACUUGGCCAGAAGGGGGCAGUCCUCACAACCCAGACCGUGAGCGAAGAGGACCGCCUUCCAUUCGUGAUGCUGCCUGCUCUACUCUGAGCCUUCUUUGCGACUCCCUUUACAAACUUCUCACUGAGAAGUUCCCUGCAUCUUGUUUUAAAGACGUGGUGCUAGUCCUGUGUGCUGUUCCAAAGUCCUCAGCAACGUUUGCAGCCAUCCAGGUCCAUGGUGGAUCUGUGAGCUGAAGAGGGCCUUGCCGUUUGUGGGUCUCUCUCAAAACUGGCUGGCCAAUUUUUCCCAUAUAUAUUUUUUUCCUUCAGGGGACAGCUCCUUGAGGGCCAUCCCAUAAUAUGAGGACUCAGCCACAGCCGGUUCCUGCCAGCAUAACCCCAACAGUUCUGGGCCUGUUAAAGAGUUCACCUUUCCACUGACUUCUUGUGUUCUUGUCCUACCGAAACUAAAUGGGCCCAACAUUAACUUUGCACAACAGCAGUAUGUCUCUCUCCCAGAAGGGAAUUGGGGGGGGGGGUAGUGAAGGGGGAGGGCUCAUUUUUGAGCUACUUCUCCUUUAAAUCUUUCCCCUUGACUUCAUUUCCAUAAGGUGGGUCUGGUGUGCAUUUUUGUGUAAUGCUAUAUGAUUUUUUUUAUUAUUACCAAACCUCUGUAACAGACAUUUCCCGGGGCAGCGCCCUUGCUAACCCUUGUGGCGUGUUCAGUCGAAUCGUUGCAACGCAACAGGAUCUGCCCCCGGGCUCUUUGUUCAAGUUGGACAAUUCCGCUGCCAGUUGAAGCCAUUUUUGCUGUUGGUAAGUUUUCUUCCCCACCGGUUAGCAGGGAAAGGAGCCCAGAAACCAGCUGUCCCUGGACCGUUACAGCUUGAGAGAACUAAGAACGUGCCCUGCCUGCUGAAACAAGCUCAAGGAGCUACUUUGAAGAGAAGCAAAAAAACCCCACCAAGUGUUAACAUUCUCUCUCACACGCACACACGUGGAACAUGCAUGUGAGUGGGAAUGCCGUCAGUUCAGUUUUCAUCGCAGCGCUGUUUCGCCUUGCAAGUUUGCUCUUUCUGUUUGUGGGCGUGGGCGUCCUUCUCUAUUUCCCGUCGGUUUCGCUACCUGUUUUUGUACGAGGGCAAACAGAACGGCAACGCUGGCAAACAGGAAGAAGUGUGUCACUGCCGAGAAGAAUUGAUACCCUCCCGGUUGUUCUAUAACCCCAUUGUGCAAGACUUCCAUCACUGUUGCUGGUUCUGUUUAUUUCUCGUGUGUGCAUUUUUAUGUCUAUUAUUAUUAAGGCCAAAAGGAACUUCCCUUUCCGGGAGCUUGGUGUAGGGUUCCCUUGUAAGUUCUUUUGUGUGGGCUUCCUCCAGAUAAUAAAAAACGCCUCCCACCAUC